UUUGCAUAAAUUUUCAUUAUUAAAUAACGUAUAUUAGAAAAAAAAAAUAAUAUUGCUAUUACAACUGAUAUUAUUAUAGAUAACUAUUGACACAUCGGUAUUUAACAGUUUCUAAAAAUAUUUAUCGCCGACUAAUGCUUAUUUAAAAAAUUGAAAAUAUGUAUUGAUCUAGAACAGUUAUUUAUAAAUUAUAAGCUUUACCAAAGAGAGAGCUUCAUUGUUGAAAAAAGUAAACCUCAGAAACCUCGCUUUUGAGAUCGAAGUGUAUUCUGUAAGAGAACGCAUUGAAAUAAAGUGCCAGUAAUAAAAGAGAGAAAAUGCGCCUGCGUUGGUUUUCUGUAAUUCGUGAGAAAAAUACACCUGUCGAAUUACCUUUAGUGCUAAAUCGAUAAUAUCUUUAUUGCAAAAUUGGUUAAAUUAAGUGUGUUAAGAUGUUAUAGCAAAUUUUUUAGUCAAGAAGUCAUUAGAAACUAGAGAAAUUGCGUAGACAUUUGUAUGAUAAAAAAUAAGAAUAAGAAUGUGUGGAAUAUUUAAUCAUGCAAUGAAGGAAAAAAGGGGAGACGCUCUUUUCAGUCUUCACAGUAAUACAUAGAAACUCGCAGAGAAAUGAUACGUCCAGUAAUUCAGUAUUGCAGGCUAAACAAAAUCUUACUACUUAUUAUCGGUUUAUGGCCUUAUCAACAAUCAAUAUUUACUCGAUUUCAAUUUAUUUUCCUCUCUUUUAUUUUGACAGCAAGUAUUAUAUUUCAGCUCACCCUAUUAGUAAUAUUAAAAUGUACUUCAAACCUUGUUCUUAAAGUGCUGUCUUCCGUAUCUUUCUAUACAAUGUUCGUAAUAACGUAUAACUCGUUCCAUUUUAAUAUGGAAGAUAUGGAGAAUUUACUGACGGAGCUUCUACAUGUAUUUAACAAUUUAAAAGACGAAAACGAAAUUGCUAUUUUUAAAAAAUAUAAUUUUAUUGCAAAAUGUUAUACAUUUGGGUUAACAGCAUUUGGAAUUUUCUCAAUAUUUAUUUAUAUUUUAAUUGAAUAUUGGUGGAAUAUAGUUGAUACACCGAUGAAUGUGUCCGUACCACGUCAUUUACUCAUCAUAACAGGAGACUUUGUCGAAGAAAAGUAUUUCUCUGUGAUUACGUUGUAUAUGUACACAGUACUUUGUAUCUCACUAAUUAUAAUGUUAGCCACAGGUACAAUGAUGCUUACAUAUCUUUACUAUAUCUGUGGAAUGUUUAAAAUUGCUAGCUAUCGUAUCGAGCAUGCAAUCAACAUUAAUACUUUACAAAAUAUUACACUAAAAAGUAAGACUUUGAUGACUCAGGGUGUAAUUUAUGCCGUUGAUAUUCACCGGCAAGCUAUAAAGUUUGUAUCUACAUCAACAAUAUUCGUGCAAUACCUUUACCUCAACCUAUUUCAAAUUUUUGAAAUAGAAUUAUCUGGCAAUAAUAUCAACGAAUUUUGUCUGCCAUUUCUAUAUGCAACUAUAAGUAUGAUAUACAUAUUUUUGGCCAAUUAUAUCGGGCAAAAUGUAUUCGACCAUAACAUUCACGUAUUCGUUACUGUGUACAACGUUCAAUGGUAUAAAGCUCCUAUGCAUAUACAAAAAAUGAUACUAUUCCUGUUGCGUAGAGGAACUAAAAAGUUUACUUUGAACGUCGGUGGACUACUUGAUGGAACAAUAGAGAAUUUUGCCACGCUGACAAAGGCUUCGAUAUCUUAUUUUACUGUAAUAUAUUCUACGCGAUAACGAGAUAAAUAUCAAUUCAUUAUUAUCAUAGUGGAGACAUGAUUAAUAAGAAAAUAACAUUUAAAUUUAGAAAUGGGAAAGAUUUAUUUUUAGAACAUGUAAUGUAGAUACAUAUUUUCUUGAUGAAAAAAGAUUAAAAUUAUUCAAAUCAAAAUAUUAGUACUUCAAGUUUUUGUAAUCCAUUGAAAUCGAUUAUUGUAUCAGCUCUAAUUCGAAUAUAAACUGAGCAUGUUUAAAUAUUUUAUAGUGCUUUUAAGUUAGAUUAUAUUCCAGUUUGUGAGCAACUGAAUUACAUAUUAGUCGUAAUUAAUUUUGUAUUCACAUUACAUAAAUAUUUAUGAAGUGUUUGCAUAGAUAAAUUUUCACUAUUAAAUAACGUACUUAAAGUGAGAAAA